UACCCUCCGCUUCACAGUAGACCAAUAGGGCUCUUAAGGCGACCGCCAACCCCGUCUUUCGACACUUCACAACACAGUCACAUCACAACACAGUCAGUCGACUCUACAAACAUGGGUAACUCUACAGGAUCCACCGUGGAAGAUCUCCAGGCCGUGGAGAAGCACCUCUGGUAUAAGAAGUUCAUGACAGAGUGUCCUUCAGGUCAGCUCACCCUGCAUGAGUUCAAGCAGUUCUUUGGGCUCCGGGGACUGGAUGCUGAGGCCAACGCCUACAUCGAGCAGAUGUUCCGCACGUUCGAUAUGAACAAGGAUGGCUACAUAGACUUCUUGGAGUAUGUGGCUGCUCUGAGUCUGGUGAUGCGGGGUAAAAUGGAACAUAAGCUCCGCUGGUACUUUAAGCUGUAUGAUGUGGACGGCAACGGGUGCAUUGAUCGAAGUGAGCUGCUAAACAUCAUAAAGGCUAUCCGCGCAAUCAAUGGGAAUGAAAACCAGGAAGUUGAUGCGGAGGAGUUCACCAACCGGGUGUUUGAUAAGAUAGAUGUCAACGGAGAUGGGGAGCUGUCUUUGGAGGAGUUUGUGGCGGGGGCUCACACUGACGAAGACUUCAUGGAAGUGAUGAUGAAGACCUUGGAUCUCACCCACAUAGUCGCCAUGAUCCACAAUCGGAGGCACAGUGUUUAG